AUGGACGAGACACCGCGGUCACCAAUGCGCCGUCGCAUACUGGCGGCCAUGCUGCCGCCUGAGAUAGAGGGCUCUGAGCCGUGGAGGAAGCGGAGGAAAUGCAGCACGCGGAGUCGCAGUCGCGAUCGCAGUCGCAGUCGCAGCUCCAGCCGUAGUCCGAGUAUUGGGCCUCAGCCUCCACCCACUUCUGGCACAAGAAAUGACGAUUCAAGGAGAGCCGAGGAGGGAAGAAGGGAAGAGGAGAAGAGGGAAGAGCGUGAGAGAGGGCAUAGAGAGAAUGAUCCGUUAGCGCCGAGACCGACGAGGUUCAGGUUUAAGGACAAGUCGAAGUCAUCGUCGAAGUCGUCACGCUCGAGGGGUGGUUCGGUAGACGACGAAAGGGAGGGGCGAUGUCGACACCAAAGUCGACACCGAAGGCAUGGCAGCAGUCAUCGAUCUCGAUCGCGAUCACGUUCCCCCAGCAAUAAGGACAAAGACAAGGACACCCACCGGUCCCGAAACCAGAAGCAUCACCAUCGGCACAGCCACAGACACAAGCACCGCACCCCCUCCCCUCAGCCCCCACCAGAAGACCCCUACGCUGAUCGGCCCCUGACCCCUAACACCGCAUUCCGCGAAUCCCUCAUGGACGCGUUAGCGGACGACGAAGGUGCCGCCUAUUGGGAAGCAGUCUAUGGUCAGCCAAUCCAUAUCUACAACCGGCACCUGGGACCGCUGGAGCAAAUGACGGAUGAGGAGUAUGCAGCGUAUGUGCGGCAGAAGAUGUGGGAGAAGACACGUGAGGGCUUGUUAGAAGAGAGGGAGAGGAGACUAAGGGAGAAGAAGGAAAGGGAGAGAAUGGCGAUGGAAGAAAGGGAACGGAGAAAGAAGGUUCAAAUGGAGAUGGAGAUCGCGUUGAGGAGGGGCGAGGAGAGGAAGAGGAAGAGACGAUGGGAAGGGUAUUGUCAGAAAUGGAAAGAAUGGGAGAAAGAGCCAACUGUGGAGGGAGUACCGUGGCCGGAGGGUGUUGUGCCGCUUGAGGAGGAGGGAGAGGAUGAUGUUGCUGCAGAGGAGAGGGAGGAGGUCGUAAAACGGGAUAUCGUCAAGUCGUUCUUUGUUGAUGGGAUACGGCUUGCGCUCGGUGAAGGAGAAACGGAUGACAAGGUGAUUGCAGCACGGUUGAAAGAAGAGCGUGUGCGCUGGCAUCCAGACAAGGUGCAACAGCGGCUUGGGGGGAAGGUCGAGGAGAGGAUAAUGAAGAGGGUGACGGCAAUUUUUCAGGUUGUGGAUUCACUAUGGAAUGAGGUGCGAAAGAAGGGAGAGAAAUAG